AUGUCCUCAGAUAACGGCGACGAUUCAGAGCACGCCAACAACGAUACCUCCAGCGAUAUGCCUCCCACUUCCCUCAAGGUAGACCCAGCACGUGCCAGCACCUUGAUCCAGAACAUUGCACAAAUCCACAGUCGCAUCAGCCAGACAUGCAAGACCCAGUCAAGAACCCAACCACCACGUCUCGUGGCCGUCAGCAAGCUCAAGCCCGCAACCGACAUCCUCGCUCUACAUCAGCCUCCUAGCUCAGCAACAGAGAACACAUCAAUCCCUGCCCAGACACAUUUCGGAGAGAACUAUGUGCAAGAACUCCUGCAGAAGAGCCAGUUACUUCCCAAGAGCAUAAAGUGGCAUUUCAUAGGUGGACUACAAAGCAAUAAAUGCCAGCAGCUGGCGCGGGACGUGUCAAACCUGUGGGCAGUCGAGAGCGUGGACUCAGACAAGAAAGCUAAAUUACUCGACAAAGGCCGAGGACAGCGCAACGAAAAUUCAGAGGGUACCACAGACAAAAUAGAAGGUCUCCGUGUCUUUGUACAAGUCAACACAUCCGGCGAAGAAAGCAAAAGCGGCGUCGAACCAAAAUCCGCUGAAUUGAAGAGCCUAUGCAAGUUGAUACGAGACGACUGCCAGAACCUAAAGUUACAGGGGUUGAUGACUAUCGGUGCGAUCGCUCGUUCGAAAGCCACGACUGCGGAGACUGAGAAUGAAGAUUUUGUGUCGUUGAGGGAUAAUAGAGACUGGUUGGCGCAGGAGCUUGGGAUUGAUGGGGCGGAACUGGAGCUUAGUAUGGGUAUGAGUGAGGACUUUGAGGGUGCGAUUGCGCAGGGGAGUGAUGAGGUAAGGGUGGGUAGUACCAUAUUUGGCGAGAGGCCGCCGAAGAGUGAGGCGAAGGUGCUGGAGAAUGCUGAGGAGGGCAAGACGUGA